AUGUCCAAGACUCCACGUAGACGCUUUGUGGGACGUCCCGCGCCUGAAGGGGGUGACAAGUCUGUUGUUCGGGCUCUGAAGGGCCGCCAUAUAGGACGACUUAUGAACCAAAUACCAGAAGACAUCUUGAACGAUAAGGAACUCAAUGAAGCCAUCCGACUUCUUCCUUCAAACUACAACUUUGAACUUCACAAAACGGUGUGGAAUAUCCGCAAGAAUAACGCCAAGCGUGUGGCAUUGCAAAUGCCCGAAGGACUCUUGAUUUACUCGUUGGUUAUAUCGGAUAUCUUGGAACAGUUCUGUCAAGUGGAGACCAUAGUGAUGGGCGAUGUAUCUUACGGGGCAUGUUGUAUUGACGAUUAUACUGCUCGGGCGCUUGAUUGCGACUUUAUAAUACACUAUGCCCACUCGUGUUUGGUGCCUAUUGAUAUUACGACGAUAAAAGUACUCUAUGUCUUUGUGACGAUCAACAUCGACGAAACCCAUCUUAUGAACACUAUAAUACGAAAUUUCCACCCAGAACAGCACCUAGCCAUGUUCGGAACCAUCCAGUUUAACCCUACCAUUCACAGUGUAAAGCAGAAAUUGGAACAAGAAAAAAUCUACGUUACACCUCCACAGUCCAUGCCGCUCUCAAAGGGAGAAGUGUUAGGAUGCACUUCUGCAAGAUUGAGCAAAGAUAUUGAUGCCAUGGUAUACGUGGGUGACGGGCGGUUCCAUAUGGAGAGUGCCAUGAUCCACAACCCGGAAAUUCCAGCAUAUCGAUACGAUCCGUAUUCUCGCAAGUUUACUCGAGAGUAUUACGACCACAAAGAAAUGGCAGAAGUAAGGAGAUGGGCCAUUGACCAUGCUCGAGGAGCACGCAAAAUCGGCUUGAUAUUGGGCUCGCUAGGCCGGCAAGGAAGCCCAGCAACUCUCGAUAAACUUGAAGCAAAAUUAAAAGAGAAUAAUGUUACCGUUGUGAAGAUUAUUCUAAGCGAGAUAUUUCCUGGAAAACUAGCCAUGUUUGACGAUAUCGAUGCUUUCGUGCAAGUUGCGUGCCCUCGACUUUCUAUAGAUUGGGGAUAUGCUUUUGAAAAACCGCUUUUGACACCGUAUGAAGCCAUGGUGAUGAUGGACGAAGACAAGUGGGAUAGUUACUACCCCAUGGAUUACUAUAGUCGGGAUGGAUACGGCCGCGGCAAGCAGCCACAACGGAUCUAG